AUGGCUGUCCUGCAAGAGAACACGCUGGAAACCGUCGAACUCACGAGGUAUAACGGCAUGGAGGAAGGCGACGUGGAGAAGAUAAAGGACGAAAAAGUGAAGAAUACCGAGUCAAUGGACACAGUGGAGUUGGUCCCUUGGACCAAGACAGUGAUAACAGAUGAAGGUACGAGGGUGGAACGAAAACCGUCGAUGCGCCACUUUGAGUCCCUGCGACGGUUUGAAAUGAACAAAUGUCGUCGACUGGACUCCAUCCUGCUCCAGAAAGUUCUGUUCGAUUGUCUACACCUGGACAUAUGUAAUGCCUUGACGACCCCAGUACGGUUGGAGGAUGUGACUGAGGAGGCGUGGGCGUCGACAGGGAUUCAUGACCUCUAUAUCACCAUCAACAGCAGUAUGAUCCGGAUACCUGUCGGAUCGAACAACACGGGCGAGUCGGAUCACCAGCAGAAGGAGAAGAUGGAACGACUCGAGAUUUUUUACCAACAAUUGGGCAGGCUGACAGAGCUGAAGAUAUUGGACACGAGACGGUAUGUCAAACGCCCUGCACCACAUGUUAACUUCCGCUCUGCCCUCUCGACGUUGGAAUACUUUCUGCCAGGGCUGAUGAACCUGACAACCCUCCGUGGACAGUUCCAUGCCAAUAUCAACACUGCGCCAGGAUUCAUCUUGGGAGGGAAGGAGGUCGCGUGGAUCACUAUCAAUUGGCCAAGGCUGGAGAAGGUUGAGUUCUACACAGGAGAUUAUGCCGUCGACUCGCCAGAGGUCUCCUCCUCUGUUGAAUAG